GCACACCACAACUCACAACAACAUACCGAGUGAAAUUCCACAAGUGAUCAGUUUCUGUGUAGGGUAGACUGUACGCAGAUCGUCGCUCGUCGCUCGAUUUACUUUUAUAGAACACAACCAACAAAAAUUUCUUCAAUAUACCUUCACUUCAUUUCUCAAAUCCUGUUCUUGUUUUCUCCAUGGAUAACAUGAAUAAGAACCUUGAAGUAGUUAUAGUAAUGGUUCCAUUUCCAGCACAAAGCCAUCUCAAUCAACUGCUUCAAUUUGCUUGUUUAAUCUCCUCAUCACACAAUCUUCCUGUUUCCUUUGUUGGCUCAGCUAGUCAUAAUCACCAAGCUCGCGUUCGAUCCAACGCGGCGUUAAAUCCAUCAUACAUAGCCAAAAUCCACUUCCAUGACAUCCCAACACCUGAUUUUGACUCACCUGCACCUGAUCCUAAUGCAUUGAGCAAAUUUCCAGCUCAACUCAUACCAUCUUAUAACGCUUGCACGCUUCUUCGAGAGCCGAUCGCUUUGUUGCUUCGUGAACUCUCGACUAAAUCAAGACGAGUUGUCGUUGUUCAUGAUGCUUUAAUGUCCUAUAAUGUUCAGGAUGAUUGUUCCUUGCAUAAUACUGAGUCUUAUGUAUUUAACUGUGUUUCUGUUUUCUUUAUGUAUUGUAGUUUUGUAUGUAUACCUAAUGGUUUGCCUAUUCCACUUGAUGAAGAUUUACUUAAAAAGGUACCUAAACUUGAAGCUGAUGCACCAGAUGAGAUCAAUAAGUUGGUGGAUUUUCAACUUCAGUUUAGAGAUAUUGGAGCUGGGGAUUUAUACAAUUCAAACAAAGUACUUGAAGGUGCUUCUCUUGAUUUGAUGGCAAAAAUUGCAAGUACAGAAAACAAGAAGCAAUGGGCAAUCGGACCGAUUUUGCCUACUAAACAAGAUCAUGUAUCAGAUAAGAGAAACAAGUGUUUAGAUUGGCUUGAUAACCAACCUCCAAGAUCAGUUAUUUACGUAUCUUUUGGAUCAUCAACUACAUUCUCCGAUAAAGAAGUCAUGGAGCUCGCGAUGGGUUUAGAGCGAAGCAAACAGAAGUUUCUAUGGGUGUUGAGAUAUGCCGAUAGAGGUGAUAUCUUUACCGGGGAAGCUAGAAGAUUUGAGUUGCCAGAAGGGUAUGAGGAAAGAGUGAAAGGGGUCGGGUUAGUGGUCAGAGAUUGGGCGCCACAACUUGAAAUCUUGGCUCAUCCGUCCACAGGGGGGUUCAUGAGUCACUGCGUAUGGAAUUCUUGCAUAGAGAGCAUUACUAUGGGGGUGCCUAUAGCUGCUUGGCCUAUGCACUCUGAGCAACCACUUAAUGGUUUCUUUGUGACGGAAAUCUUGAAAACAGGCUUACUCGUUAGGGAGUGGGAGAAAUGCGAGGAGCUCGUCACUGCAUCAGUCAUUGAGAAUGCCGUGAGGAAGUUAAUGGCAUCAGAAGAAAGCGAUGAGAUUAGGAAAAGAGCAGAAGAAUUGGGAGAAGCAGUAAGGCAGUCCACGGAGAAAGGGGGUGCUUCUCGAUUGGAGUGAUAUCCAUAAUACGAGCAAAGUAAUUGAAGGCGAGUUUCUUGAUUUGCUGGUACAAGCAGAAAGUAAACAACAACGAGCAAUUGGACCAAUUCUACCUACCAAACUCGAUCCUAUCUCGAAUAGGAAUAAUAUAUGCUUGAAGUGGCUGAGAAAACAACCUCCGAGAUCAGUUCUUUAUAUAUCUUUUGGAACAACAACUACAUUUUCCGAUAGAGAAGUCAUGGAAGGUUGCGAUGGGAUUAGAACAAAGCAAACAGAAGUUCCUAUGGGUGUUGGGAGAAGCCGAUAGAGGAGAUAUCUUUACUGGGGAAGCUAGAAGAUUUGUGCUGCCAGAAGGGUUUGAGAAAAGGAUAAAAGAAGUAGGCUUAGUGGUAAGAGAAUGGGCACCACAACCCGAAAUCUUGGCUCAUUCCUCCACGGGCGGGUUUCUUGGUGACGGAAGUUUUGAAAAUAGGCUUGCUCGUGAGGGAGUGGGAGAAACGCGAGGAGCUGGUGAGUGCAUCUACCAUUGAAAAUGUUGUUUGGAAGUUGAUGGCAUCAGAAGAAGGCGAUGCGAUUAGGAAAAGAGCAGAAGAAUUGGGAGUAGCCGUAAGGCGUUCCGCAGAGAAAGAGGGUGCUUCUCGAAUGGAGUUAGAUUCUUUUAUCGCGCAUAUCACAAGAUAGACUUGGAUCAUGAUAAGGUGAAUACCAAGUCGAUUCAAUGUUGCAUAAUGACUAUAUGCUUUCCGAAUAUCUCUUUUACAUAUAUUCUUCUCUCUUGGAUCAUCGCUUCUAUAUAUCCGUGUGACUUAUGUUAAUAAUAACUAGAUUUUAAGACCUUCUUGCACCUAUAUAUACUCUUGUACUGUGACAUAUUCAAACUUGCUGAUAAAUGCAUUUCAAAAGUUGAAAGUUUGUACC